AUGAGAGAUAGUGUAAUUGAGAAUGAAUUUAAUUUUGUAUUUUUACAAAUAUUAGCUGAAUCUCAUUACCAACGAUUUGAAUGGUUUCAUGAAACUUUGGAGAUAAUAAAGAGAAUAUUAUUUAUUUUAAAGCAUUUGUUAAGAAAAGCAUAAAAUAUUGGAGAGUAUGUUCUUACAAAAAUAGAUUCAAUCAUUGAGAGUUAGAGUUGUUAGAAAUAUUAAAGGAUGACAAUAUGGAUUAGUGAAGAUGAAACAAAAAUUAUUUGGAUAGGGUAGGAUGAUCAAUUAAGAAUAAUUUCAAUAAUAUAUGGAAAUGAUUUAGGUAAAGCACACCAAUCAUUACAUAAAUUAUUGAAUGGAAUAGAAAUAAGUAGCUUAGUUUUUGCUGAAAAUAAUAUUUAUGUUGUUAUACUACUUGUCCAAUAUAUUAUAAAUAAUCUAUUUUAGGAAAAUUCCCAAAUAUUACAAAAGGAGGAAUUGAUGAAAAACAAUUGA